AUGGCUAUCCUCUCAGUGGUGCCGGCGCUGCUACUUGUGCUGGCAUCAUGGGCCCCGACCGUGGCCGCCCAGAGCGCCGCCGAAUACUUUGUCCACGAACUGCCCGGCGCACCAAAGGAGCCCUUCAUCAAGAUGCACGCUGGACACGUCGAAGUGACCCCCGAACACAACGGAAACCUCUUCUUCUGGCAUUUCCAGAACCAGCACAUUGCCAACAAGCAGCGCACCGUCAUCUGGCUUAACGGCGGCCCCGGAUGCAGUUCCGAGGACGGCGCCUUGAUGGAGAUCGGCCCUUACCGAGUUAAGGACAAAGACCACCUCGAAUACAAUAAUGGCUCCUGGAACGAGUUCGCCAAUCUGCUCUUCGUCGACAACCCCGUCGGGACCGGCUUCAGCUAUGUCGAUACCGACAGCUACCUGCGCGAGCUUCCCGAGAUGGCCGACCAGUUUGUCCAGUUCCUCGAGAAGUGGUUCGCCAUGUUCCCCGAGUAUGAGCACGACGACCUCUACAUCGCAGGUGAAUCAUACGCCGGCCAGCACAUCCCCUACAUCGCAAAACACAUUCUCGAGAGAAACAAGAAGCCUGGAACCCAGCAUAUCUGGCAGCUCAAGGGUCUGAUCAUGGGUAACGCAUGGAUUUCUCCCAAAGAGCAAUACGAUGCGUAUCUCAAGUAUGCCUAUGAGAAGAAGCUCAUCGAGAAGGGAUCUCCCGUGGCACAAAAGCUCGAGCAGCAGUGGCGCAUUUGCCGAACGUCUCUGGCUGUUGCCAACACGGUCGAUUUCUCCGAGUGCGAGACCGUUCUGCAGAACCUGCUUGAGCAGACGUCCAAGGUCAACGCCAAGGGCGAGCGCGAGUGUAUCAACAUGUAUGACAUCCGCUUGCGCGACACCUACCCCUCUUGCGGCAUGAACUGGCCCCCAGACCUGGUCAACGUGACGCCCUACCUCCGCAGGAGCGAUGUCGUCAACGCACUGCACAUCAAACCCCAGAAGAACACUGGUUGGAAGGAAUGCAACGGAGCUGUUGGCGCCGCUUUCCGAGCCCAGAACUCGGCUCCUUCGAGAGAAUUCUUACCUGAUCUCCUUAAAGAGGUCCCGGUUGUCCUCUUCUCCGGCGCCGAAGACCUUAUCUGCAACCACAUGGGAACCGAAGCGAUGAUUGGUGACAUGGAAUGGAAUGGCGGCAAGGGCUUCGAGCUCACUCCCGGCAACUGGGCCCCGCGCCGUGACUGGACCGUCGAGGGCGAGGCUGCCGGUUUCUGGCAGGAGGCCCGCAACCUCACCUAUAUCCUCUUCUACAACUCCUCCCACAUGGUGCCCUUUGACUACGCCCGCCGCAGUCGCGACAUGCUUGACCGAGUCAUGAAGGUCGACAUCAGCUCCGUUGGCGGAACGCCCACCGACUCUCGUCUCGACGGCGAGCAAGGCCCCGCUACGUCGGUCGGCAACAUUGGCAACAGCACCUCCGUCGACUCGGAGACGCAGAAGAAGCUGGACGAGGCCAAGUGGAAGGCGUACUACCGCUCUGGCGAGAUCGUUCUGGUUAUUGUCAUCAUCGCUGCCAGUGCCUGGGGUUGGUACAUCUGGCGCGAUCGCCGCAAGCGCAAAGGCUACUCGGGGAUCAUGGGCAAUACGCUUCCCACUACCCAGCGCGGUACCUCCCGCGGCCUCGAGGGCUUCCGUGACCGGCGGACCGGUCGGGAUGUUGAGACGGGCGAUUUCGACGAGAGCGAGUUGGAUGAUCUGCACGUGGCGACGCCGACGACGGAAAUGGACAAGGACCGCUACAGUGUCGGAGGGGACAGCGACGAUGAGCCCCACGAGAAGCCCUCAGGGGCGAACGGUAGCCGCUCAGCGCGGUAG